UAAGAUCAGCUUGUUGCCCGGGGGAUGCACUGGGGGGUGUGAGUCCGAGGUGUCUGCAUUGAAAGGACGUUUGGCACGACUGGAAAGAGAGAUGUCCUCUUUCAAAGAAAAAUGUCCAUGUUCAGCAAAUUGUCCAAAUGACUGCAGUGGCAAUGGAGAAUGUGAGAAUGGGAAAUGUAUCUGCCAACAAGGAUUCACGGGUCUGGACUGCAAAACCACCAAAGGAAAAGUCAAGGUAACCGUGGAGAGAGUGACCCUGCAGGUGAACAAAGACAAGGAAAGCACGCAGGAGAAAAUCCCCAAAGUAGAGCCCACACUCUUCCAGAAGAAGGAGCAGAAGAAGGGGUCUGACGCCAAAGAGGCUGACAGCAAACCUAAAGUGUCUACCAAUGCUAAAGUAGGUAUUGUUAAGACACAAGCAAAACAAGAAGACUCUGUCAAGAAAAUCACUACAAAGGACUCUUCAAGUGCCACAAAGUCCAGUCGAGUUAUUUUGAAACAUGAGGGAAGAAAGCCGGAGGAGGCUAAACAAAGUAUUGGCAAAACAACAGUCUUGACCUCCAAAAAGGUCUUCCAUAAAACUGCCAGCAAAACACAUCCUAGAUCUGACAAUCUAAAGGAUGAACCUCAAGCAAAUGUAAACCAGAGUAAUGUGAAGAACUCUAAUGGCACAGCUAAAACUGAGACCAUACUGACCAGGGUCGAGGUCACGAACAAAACCAGAGCAGGGAAGGAGACCUUGGAGCAGUCCACGCUGGCUGAGAAGAACGCUACGCAAUCAUCUGCAAAUAAGCGAAACAAGAAGGUAAAGGACGAAACUACAAAUGUGCAAUCUGUUGACAACAGGAACACUGAAACUGGCAAAGUUGGAAAUGAAAAAUUAACGCAGAAGAGUUCGCAUCUGAUUAAUGCAAGCAUUGCAUCAACGUCAGUCGAGUCUCGAGUUCUUCAGAACAAAACAACCAUCCAUGGAUCUGUCAGUGUUCGGGGAAUGGGGGGAUCUGGGUUAGGUUCUGUAAAGGUUGUGAACAUCUCCUCCUAUAGCUUCACUGUCACGUGGGCGGCACCAAAAGGGAUGUUCAAGAACUUCACGGUCAUCAGAAGAGAGCCUCGGACAGGAGGUGACGAAGAUGACCUAGAAGAGUUUGAAGACGAAGCUCUUGAAGGAAACAAGCCUUCCACGCUUAAGAACGCGACUGAAGUCAAGGUACCAAGUGGAAGUAUUAACACAACCGCCACUUCCGGUAAAACAGUUGUAUCUAAAGGCAAAGUUGAGACAAAGAGGAUCUCUAUGGUGGUCCCGGGCAGUGUGCGCUCUGUGGAGUUCAGUAACCUCAGGGCAAACACAGGCUACACCCUGCAUGUGUAUGGCACUGCUGCUGAGAGGAGAUCAAAGAUUCAUAAAGCAACUGCAAUCACAGGACCUGAGCCAGCCACUGAGAUGGUUUUCAGCAACGUAACAGAGUCUUCUAUCACUGUUGCAUGGUCCAAACCAAAGACGGCAUUCACUAGCUUCAGGGUCACGUUCACCAACAUCAUGACAGGGGAAAGCCGCUUUGUGACAGUGGAGUCCAAGCUGUCCUAUGUGGUUUUGUCCAAGCUGUCUGCCGGAUCUUCCUACAUCAUCUCUAUAACUACCACACGAGGCAGAGCUCAGAGUGACGCUCUCGCUUCCCUUAUCACUACAGUGCCCGCUCCGCCAACACAUCUGCAAGUGGUCAAUGUGACGGACACCAGAGCUGUGCUGCAAUGGACACCCAGUCUGGGGAAAGUAGACCGGUUCAUCAUCAGCUAUGAGUCCUCCAAGAUUCCUAAUGUGACAGUGACUGUGAUGCUGUCUGGAAACUCUGUGGAGCACCAGCUGAGAGGCCUGCAGAGAGGCACCCUGUACACAGUCAAAAUCUUGAGCCAGAAGGAUAGUCUGCAGAGCACGGCCAUCUCAACGACAUUUACAACGGCUAACGUGGUUAAAGCCAGUGAGGUGGGUGCCCGCUCUGCUGUGAUAGCAUGGAGAACUUCCACUGUUGUGUAUUACAGCUACAGACUGAUCUACCAGGUGGCAGGAGAGGAGACAAAGGAGGUGAUCCUGGACCAGUCCAUCAGAGAGUAUAAGUUGACAGGGCUGUUGCCAAUGUCACGAUAUAUUGUUCUGGUACAAGGCGAGAGGGAUGGACAAUACACAUCUAUUGUCACCACUGAAUUUAUUACAGGCAAACUGCGUUUCCCUUUCCCCACUGAGUGUUCUCAGGAGCUGCUGAAUGGAGCUCUGCAGUCAGGAGAGGUGGACAUCUACCCACAAGGAAAAGAGGGUCAAGCGGUGAGAGUCUACUGUGACAUGGAGACUGAUGGAGGCGGCUGGACGGUGUUCCAGAGGAGGAUGAACGGAAAGACAGAUUUCUACAAAACAUGGAAUGAAUACAGUGUCGGCUUUGGAAAUCUCAGUGAAGACUUCUGGCUUGGAAAUGAGCUCCUGCACAACUUAACCAGCGUCGGUCCUGUGAGUCUAAGAGUGGAUAUGCUCUCUGGAAAUGAUACUGCAUACGCCCACUAUGCAAACUUCUCUGUUGAUUCAGCGGAGAGGCACUACACUUUGGCAGUGUCUGGCUACACUGGAACUGCAGGUGACUCUAUGAGGUACCAUAACGGACGCCCAUUCUCGGCCCGGGACAAGGAUCCUGAUCCUCUUGGGAUUAACUGUGCCCGGGCGUACAUGGGAGGCUGGUGGUACAAGAACUGCUACAAGGCCAACCUCAAUGGCCUUUAUGGCAGCAACAGUAAUAAUCAGGGAGUAGUCUGGAUAGACUGGAAAGGUAAAGACUCCUCCGUUCCGUUCGCUGAGAUGAAGUUCAGACCGUCCAGGUUCUCUCCUGCAACUCAUGGCUGA